UUGGCCCGGGGACGCCGUGGCGCCCCGCGGGGCAGGCGCGGCCGCGGCCGCGGCCGUGAGGAGGAUCGCCGCGUCGCUGUGGCGGGCGCACCCGCCGCCGCGGGAGCCCGGGAAACCGCGGCAACGGUUGGAGCCUAGCCCAAGGCAUCUGCAUACUCCGGAUCGUUGCAAUUACUACAAAGCGGUCCUUGAGGGCAGGACAGGAACUAAGCCUCUUGGCAAUGCCAUCAUUCGUGAGGUUGGACCUUAUUCUCCAUCACCCCGAAUUGAAAUGGAAGUAGCAACAAAAUGGGACCGUCCAUGCCUGAACACAUCUGGUGGUGCUGAUUACGAUUUCUGUGAUCGUCAUGCAGCUGCUGCUGAUGGAGAAAUCUCGGCACUUAAAGAAGAGCUUAUGCAGGCUCACAACCGGAUUCAUGAGCUUGAAGCUGAGAGCCGAUCUGCUAAGAAGAAGCUUGACCACUUGGUGAAGAAUCUCGCUGAGGAGAAGGCCUCCUGGAGGAGUAGGGAGCAUGAUAAGGUUCGAAGCAUCUUAGAUGCUGUUAAAGGGGAUCUGAAUCGAGAGAGGAAGAAUCGACAGAGGGCCGAAGUUAUGAACUCCAAGUUGAUGGAUGAGUUCUCUGAGCUGAAGUCAUUGGCAAAACGAUAUCUUCAAGAUUAUGAAAAGGAAAGAAAGGCCAGGGAACUCAUGGAGGAGGUGUGUGAUGAAUUAGCGAAGGAGAUUGCAGACGACAAAGCUGAGGUUGAAGCUUUGAAGAAAGAGUCAAUGAAGAUAAGAGAUGAGGUGGAGGAAGAAAGGAAGAUGCUACAGAUGGCAGAGGUUUGGCGUGAAGAGAGGGUACAGAUGAAGCUUGUUGAUGCUAAACUGACACUAGACAGCAAGUAUUCACAGCUGAGUGAGCUUCAGGCUAACCUGGAGUCUUUCCUCAGUUUCCACCGAGGCAGCAGUGUAGACAAAGAAACAGUAAGAGAUGGUGAAAGGCUCAGGGAAGCAAUUAGCUCAAUGAAGCUUCAUGGUAAAGAGUUCUCGUACAAACCACCACCUCCUUCAGAGGACAUUUUUGCUGUGUUUGAGGAACUUAGACAGAGAGAAGAUAUUAGUGAGAAAGAAAUCGGACAGUGUAAUGGAGAUACUCCCAUGAGCCAUGCAACAAAGAUCCAUACAGUGAGUCCUGAAACUGACAUCUUUCUGGAAAAACCAGCAAACAAAUAUUCCACUCAACCUUGCGCCAGAAAUGAGGAUGACGAUGAUAGUGGAUGGGAGACCGUCAGCCACGUAGAGGAGCAAGGCUCUAGCAAUUCACCUGAUGGAAGUGAACCAUCAGUAAACGGUUUCUGUGGAGGAAACGGUGCAUCAGCAAGUGAAACCGACUGGGAAGAAGAUAAUUGUGAAAACUGCAGAUCAAAUAGUGGCAUCUGUUCGACGACUGGAGAGAAUCACCGGAAGGGGUCUUCUUUUGCCCGACUAUGGAGGUCAUCAAAUGGUGAUGGCAGGAGGAAAACAGGUUCAGACUUACUGAAUGGUAGGCUUUCAAGCAGCAGGAUGCCCAAUGCUGCUCUCUCUCCUGAUCUCAAGAACAGUGAGGUGUGCCAAGUCUCACCGAGUGUUGGGGACUGGAGUCCAGACUUGCUAAACCCUCGUGUGGUCCGCGCUAUGAAAGGGGGUGUCGAGUGGCCCCAAGGCACCCAGAAGCGCACCCAGAAGUCCAAACUCAUCAACGCAAGGACCAAUGGACGUAAGGUACAGCUGCGCCAAGCGCUAGAACAGAAGAUAUAGCAUAGCAUGCUCGUUCGUAUUCUUCGUUGUCAAAGAGAACACCAUGAUCUUGCUGGCGGGGGAGGUAAUCUGAAGCAGGCACCUUCAACUAUAGGGCAGGUACCGUUGUUGUAUCUUGUAUGGGAUGCUGCAUUGGUCCUCCAUCGAGUGUUAUCACUCGCUGUACCUAAUUCAUGCCCUUGUAAAGCAUUUAGCUCGCUUAGAAAAAUAGUGAGCUCCGAUGCUCCGUGUAAUCAAAUGUAACAGUAGUAUUAUUUACAGUAUAUUAUCUUUUUCCCGAUGUUACUCAAUAGUGCUAUUAUUUCCUUGCCGGCUC